AUGGUUCACUCCAACGGCGCCAUCACAAGCACGACGAUUCUGAAGGCUCGUCUCGCCGACGACGUGCGCAAAUCGUCGCUUCACCACGCUAACGAUCUCACGCUGAUCGAUUUGGUGCUGAAUGUGCAGAGAAUCUUCGCGUUGCCGUCUGACGCCAAUUUCUUGUUGAAAUAUAAGGAUCAAGACGGCGAUCUUAUCUCACUGACCAGCGACUCGGAUUUGCUUCUGGCGCUGAACACUGUUGGAGCCACACUUGAUGUGUCCGUUGUCGUGGACACAAAGGCUCGCGAGGUGGUGCAGGAUGUGCAGAGACAGGUCGAGCAGAUUAAGCUCGACGUUGGAAAGCUCCUCGGCGCAUUGUCCUCCCUCGACAACCUUGCCUCGUUGGCCGACAAUUCGUGCUCUCAAGCCACGACGAUUGCUCAGCAACACGUUCCAUCGAUCCCACCAACAUCCGUAUCAGCAACUCACCACCAUCAACACGAUAACCUCGAUCUCCAGAAGAGCUACGAAGCUCCACCAUCGCCAGUUCCAUCGGAGAAACCGGAGCUCCCAGCCACCAUCCAGCCAUCGGUUCAGGAGCAAUUCAAUCACCGUCCAUCGAUUCCAGCUGAAGAGGAGAUUCCAUUGGAGUCGAGUUUCCAUGCUCCACCACCUGUGGACUCGUUAAACUCGAGCUUCUCACAACCACCGCCAAUUGAGCAGUUCGGAGCCAUGCCACCGCCGAACGCCACGAUUCCAUCGUUCCCAACAUCCAAUGCGGCAAUGCCACCGAUUCAACAGGAGCCAGUUCAGCAGCAGUUUGGUGCUCCACCACCAGCUCCAUUCCAACCACCUCAACACUCUCACUCGUCGGUCUCAUCGACCCCACAGAACUUUGGAGCUCCACCACAGGGACCACCCGGACAGUUUGGAGGACCACCACCAUCGGGACCACCAUCGGAGUAUGGAGGUUAUGCUCCACAGGGACCACCGCAGGGACAAUUCGGAGCUCCACCACAGGGACCACCACAGGGACAAUUUGGAGCACCAUCGCCAGCUCCACAGGGACCACCUCAGGGACAAUUCGGAGCUCCACCACAGGGACCACCACAAGGACAAUUCGGAGCCUCAUCUCCAGCUCCACAAGCUCCAGGCCAAUUUGGACCACCACAGGGACAAUUCGGAGCCCCACAAGGACCCCCACAAGGUCACUUUGCUCCACCACCACCACCAGUGACGUCACAGGCUCCAGGCAACUUUGCUCCACCACCACCAGGUGCUCCAGGAGCCACACCAUUUGCCCCACCACCAUCUGGAUUCGGAGGAAUGCCACCAUCGCAAGGACCACCCCAGGGACCACCCGGACAGUUUGGAGGACCCGGAGGACCACCACCACCGGGAGCCUUUGCUCCACCGCCGAGCCAGUUUGGAGGGCCACCACAAGGACCACCGCAAGGAGCCUUCCCACCAGUUGGAGCUCCAGGAGGAGCCCCAGGAGGAAACCCAUUCGCUAGAGGACCCGCCGGACCGGGAUAUCGUCAAUCACCGUACCAUCAAUAA